ACAGAUCCUCGCACACCACCGGUGACUGCUGCGAUGGACGGAUGGUGGAAGGAGCUGUUCGUCGCGGACAAAAGCCACGUCACCAUUGACUAGAGGGCCCAAAUGAUCCUAGUCCGUAUCUUUUCAUUGUUUUAUGAGACUGGCCUCCUUGUCUGUAUAUAUCCAUCUCCUAUUCUCCUUCAAUACACCACUUUAAUUUAGCUAACAGAGGACACACAACUCUUCAUCAUUCUGACCAGAGGUCCAAGGCGGAGUAACCGUUAACGAUGGCUUCCGCCAAGCUCGCAGAGGCCGUCGAGCCUAGGAAGAAGAGCAACGUCAAGUAUGCCUCCUUCUGCGCCAUCCUCGCCUCCACGGCCUCCAUCAUCCUCGGCUAUGACAUUGGGGUGAUGAGCGGAGCGGGGAUCUACAUCAAGAAGGACCUCAAGAUCACGGACGUGCAGCUGGAGAUACUGAUGGGCAUUCUGAACGUCUACUCGCUCAUCGGGUCCUUCGCCGCCGGCCGGACGUCGGACUGGAUCGGCCGCCGCUCCACCGUGGUCUUCGCCGCCGCCAUCUUCUUCGUGGGCGCGCUGCUCAUGGGCUUCGCCGUCAACUACGCCAUGCUCAUGGCGGGACGGUUCGUGGCCGGCGUCGGGGUGGGCUACGCGAUCAUGAUCGCGCCCGUGUUCACCGCCGAGAUCGCGCCGGCGGCCGCCCGCGGUUUCCUCACGUCGUUCCCCGAGGUGUUCAUCAACAUCGGCAUCCUGCUCGGCUACGUGUCCAACUACGCGUUCGCGCGCCUUCCCCUCCACCUCGGCUGGCGCGUCAUGCUCGGCAUCGGCGCCGUGCCGUCCGCCCUGCUGUCCCUCAUGGUGUUCGGCAUGCCCGAGUCGCCCCGGUGGCUCGUCAUGAAGGGCCGCCUCGCGGACGCCAGGGCCGUCCUGGAGAAGACCUGCGACACGCCGGAGGAGGCGGCGGAGCGCCUCGCCGACAUCAAGGCGGCGGCGGGCAUCCCCAAGGACCUCGACGGGGACGUGGUCACCGUGCCCAAGGAACGAGGCGGCGAGUCGCAGGUCUGGAAGGAGCUCAUCCUGUCCCCAACCCCGGCCGUCCGACGCAUACUGCUCUCGGCCGUCGGCCUCCACUUCUUCCAGCAGGCUUCCGGCAUCGACUCCGUCGUCCUGUACAGCCCCCGCGUGUUCAGGAGCGCGGGAAUCACCGACGACAACAAGCUCCUGGGCACCACCUGCGCCGUGGGCGUCACCAAGACGCUCUUCAUCCUGGUGGCCACGUUCCUCCUCGACCGCGCCGGCCGGCGGCCGCUACUGCUGACGAGCACGGGCGGGAUGAUCGUCUCGCUCGUCGGCCUCGGGACGGGCCUCACCGUCGUGGGGCAGCACCCGGGCGCCAAGAUCCCGUGGGCCGUGGCCCUGUGCAUCCUGUCCAUCCUCGCCUACGUGUCCUUCUUCUCCAUCGGGCUCGGGCCCAUGGCGUCGGUGUACACCUCGGAGAUCUUCCCGCUGCGGGUGCGCGCGCUGGGCUUCGCCGUCGGCGCGGCGAGCAACCGCGUCACCAGCGGCGUGAUCUCCAUGACGUUCCUGUCCCUGUCCAAGGCCAUCACCAUCGGCGGCAGCUUCUUCCUGUACGCCGGCAUCGCCGGGCUCGCGUGGGUGUUCUUCUUCAACUACCUCCCGGAGACUCGCGGCCGGACGCUGGAGGAGAUGGGCAGGCUGUUCGGCAUGGAAGAUAGUGACAUGGCUGAAGAAGAGAGCGCCGCUGCCAAGCAUAAGGUAGUGGAAAUGCACACGAACUAGACGUGAAUCAACACCUGCCACGCGAAUCAAGCAUGGCCGAUUGGCCGUGGAUUAAGUAGCGUGGCAAGAUUCGCCUACCGUACCAGAUGUGGUGCUGCAUAUAUCUCAAAAAAACGAAAAAGGAAAAAAAAAGAUGUGGUGCUUCAGGAUAGUGACGGGCUGACGGCGAGGUUUUUUUUUUUUUUUUUUGAAACUGCUGAUGGCGAGGUCGAAUCCAAAGACUCUGGCUCGCGGUGACGUCAAUUUUCUUCUGCCUUUUGUUUAUCCCGUUCGUCGUAUACUUGUGUGUGAGCUUUAGACGGUGUGAAUAAUUAUUGGUGUCAGAGUCGCGUGUCCA